CUGGAUAAAGGUGUGGCUCCAUUGGCUGGAACUAACAAUGAAACCAGCAUUCAAGGUCUGGAUGGGCUUGCUGAGCGCUGUGCCCAGUAUAAGAAAGAUGGAGCAGAUUUUGGCAAGUGGCGUGCAGUGCUGAAAAUUACAGAUGCAACUCCUUCUACUCUUGCCAUCCAGGAGAAUGCUAACACAUUGGCACGCUAUGCUAGUAUCUGCCAGCAGCAUGGCUUAGUUCCUAUUGUGGAACCUGAAAUCCUACCUGAUGGAGACCAUGACCUCCAGCGAUGUCAGUAUGUGACUGAAAAGGUGCUGGCUGCUGUUUAUAAGGCCUUGAAUGACCACCAUGUUUAUUUGGAAGGAACACUUCUAAAGCCCAACAUGGUGACAGCUGGACAGGGUUGUCCCAAGAAAUAUACCCCACAAGAUGUGGCCAUGGCAACAGUUACAGCUCUCCUUCGGACAGUCCCAGCAGCUGUUCCAGGAAUCUGCUUCCUUUCUGGGGGCCAAAGUGAAGAGGAGGCAUCCAUUAACCUCAAUGCUAUCAAUCUGUGCCCACUGCCCAAACCCUGGAAGCUGACUUUCUCAUAUGGGCGAGCUCUACAAGCAUCAGCUCUGGCUGCUUGGUCUGGCAAGCCUGCAAAUAAGAAGGCUGCCCAAGAGGCCUUCAUGAAACGGGCAAAGAUUAAUGGUUUAGCUUGCAAAGGCCAGUAUGUUACAUCUGAAAAGAGCAGUGGAGCAGCCACCCAAUCACUGUUUAGUCCCAGUUACACAUACUAGUGUUAACAACCAUACAACCAACCUCAGAGAGCACCAAGGACUCCUCAUUUCAACCCUGAGCUAAAUAUUCUUCUUUAUUGACACACUAGUUCAUAAAGCAUUGCACUGGGCAGGUUUUAAGAGUUUAAUCAUUCAUUGGACCUCUGCCUUUUUACAACUCCCUCCUUUUCCUAUUAUUAUCCAAGGGGAGAAAUAUGAAUGCCCAUGUGCAGAGAAACACAUGAAGAACACCAAGGAAGAGGAAACAGAGUGCCUUUUCCAGUCUAUAAACUCUGAGCAAAUGUCUUACCACUGUGAAAAGAUUAAAUGCCUGUGAAACUUUG